UAUAAGCCAAGGCUUGUUUCGCAGCGCCACUGUCCGCUAACGACCUGAAACCGGAAGCUGAACACAUUGGAGGCACGAGUGUCAUCAUGGCUGACGAAGAGUCGCCGAAGCAGAUAAGCUUGGUGGUGAAAACAGCGAAAGAGAAGAAAGUAGUGAAGGUUUCCGAGUCGGCUUCGGUCAAAGAGUUGAAGGAGCAGGUGGCCAAGGAGUUUGAUGCUCCCCUGGAGCAGCUUUGCCUCAUAUUUGCUGGGAAGAUCCUGAAGGACAAUGAGGCCAUCUCCACGCACAAUAUAAAGGAUGGCCUGACUGUUCAUCUCGUGAUCAGGUCUCCGGCCUCUGCAAGGGGAGAUGGUGGAAGGAGACCCGAGGAGUCCAGCCCAGGUAGCCAACCAUCUGGUGUGCCGCCAAACCCGUUCGGUGCUGGAUUGGGGGGUCUGCCAGGCUUGUCGGGGCUCAACCUGGGCUCCGGAAGCUUUGUGGAGAUGCAGCAGCGCAUGCAGAGAGAGCUGGUGAGCAACCCUGACCUACUGCGGCAACUGAUGGAAAAUCCGUUUGUCCAGUCGCUCAUGUCGAAUCCGGACUACAUGAGGCAGCUCAUAGUCGGCAACCCUCAGAUGCAGCAACUCAUGGAGAGAAACCCCGAGAUAAACCACCUACUGAACAACCCUGAGAUGCUGCGACAGACGAUGGAGAUGGUGCGGAACCCGUCGAUGCUGCAAGAGCUGAUGCGCACCCAGGACCGAGCCAUCAGCAACCUUGAGAGUGCCCCAGGUGGCUACAAUGCCCUGAGACGCAUGUACACAGAGCUGCAGGAGCCCAUGAUGAAUGCGGCGCAGGAGCAGUUUGGCGGAAAUCCAUUUGCUUCUUUGCUUGAAAACAACGCGCAGUCGGGCAAUGCACCUCAGGGCCAGUCGCAGUCGUCGCAGGGAACGGAGAACCGCAACCCGCUGCCCAAUCCGUGGGCACCUGGUGGGGGCUCAACGGGUACUGGCGGCAGCGCGGGCACAACCGACGGGGGCAGCACCACAGGAAGCACCAACAGCGGUCUGGGAAGCAGUGGCAUGUUUGGCACGCCAGGGAUGCAAAGUGUCAUGCGACAGCUGGCCGAGGACCCGAGCCUCAUGCAGAACAUGAUGAACGCGCCCUACAUGCAGAACAUGCUUCAGGUUCUGGCCUCCAACCCGGAUAUGGCUAGCCAGGUGUUUGCGACGAACCCUCUGCUGGCUGACAACCCCCAGCUGCAGGAACAGAUGCGGCGGAUGAUGCCACAGUUCUUGCAGCAGUUGCAAAACCCAGAGGUGCAGGGGCUCAUCACCAACCCACAGGCCCUGCAGGCCAUGAUGCAGAUCCAACAGGGAAUGGAGCAGCUGCAUCGUGUGGCCCCCUCCAUGUUCCCAGCUGGACCGGCUGCUGGCUUGGGGCCUGGACUGGGCCUCGGUGCAGGUCUGGGUGCAGCGGUGCCGGGCACCACUACCUCGGCAAGUUCGACCACCACUACUGGUGCAACCACCACUGGCCAGACAGCAGCAGGAACGAACACCACUUCUACUACCGCCAGUACCACUGGUACCGCCACCACAACCACGACGAACAGCACCACCAGUGGAAGCACCCCGCAAGGCCUGGACCCCCUCAGCCAGCUCAUGGCACGCAUGAUCACCUCCAUGGCCACGCAACAGGCUGGCAACAAUCAGCCGCCUGAGGAACGAUACCGGUCGCAGUUGGAGCAGCUAGUGAACAUGGGCUUUGUCAACCGGGAGGCCAACCUUCAAGCCCUGAUUGCCACGUUUGGGGACGUCAACGCCGCAGUGGAGAGGUUGCUGCAGUCACAGUGAAGCAACUUCAGCAGCUGCUGCGGAAGAGGAGGACAGAGUGCACUGUGGGUGCUGUGAAGGACUGGUGGGGGAGGGGCCAAGCAAGUGUGAGAGCAGCGGUGGGGCGAGCUUCGCAGCCAAGCAGCAGCUGUCUGUGUUGGGGAGAUGCGCGAGACGAUGAGGAGGUUGAUGAGAGGGGGGAGGAGGGACCCCACGGAGCAUCCCUUUUUUUUUUAGUUUUCUCUCAUUCAUUUGACUCAGGGGGUUGCACAUGCACCUCUCUCUCACUCACUCUCCUCAUUUUGUAUACAUAUAUAUAAAUAACUGUUUGCACGUCCAGUGUCUGCCACUCAACGAGAAGAGGACCAGUGUGGUUACGGUGGGCGUGCAGGUGUCGCGCAUUUCUGCGAAUCAGCCCGGCGCGCCCCCCUUUCCACUGCUUGAAUAUAUUUUUUUUUCUGAGGGCGGCAAAGGGGAAAACAAAACUGGAGGCGACAAAUAGACGACAGUGCUGACGCGCGCGCGCUUUUGGUACAUUUCUUGUGCCAAAGGCACGGUGGCAUUUAGGGAUUGCUGACAAGUGCGUGUGUAGGUGUGUACAUUAAGUUUCCUCGUUUAUUAGUUUUUUUCUUUUAUCUUCCGUUGUUUCUUGCUUUUUUUUAUUUGCGAGCUCUUUUCUGACACCCUGAAAAUACUUUCAUAGGAAAGGAAAGCAGUUCAGGCAGAGGACAAUAGCUUCUGCAUUAAGGGUCUUCUUUUUGUCUGUUUUGUCUCUUGUUCUAGUUUUGUUAAGAUGAAUUGACUGUGCAGACAGAUGGCAAUGUUUUCCAGAUAGAAAGAAUUAAAUUACUUUCCAUUAUGGUG